GUCGUUUUUGCGCCGUUUUGGUGACAACAGGGCCGUGUGGAGUGUCGGGAAGAUGCCCAAAGAGCCGCUGUGAUGACAUCGAUCACCACCCAUUCCGCCGCUCUGUCUGAGCGGCGCUGAUAUGACGCAUUGAGGUGAGAGAGGGGAGGCAGGAGGGCCUUAUGACAUCAGCAAUGACCGUAAAAAUGUGUGGUCUCUGUGUGUUAAUGACAGAUCUGGGGAAAUCUCCGGUGUGUUGGUUCGGUUGAGCGAAUAGAGGAAAGGGUUCUGCCGUAGCCACAUCUCUAUCAGGCGGCAGCCGACUGAGGUACGGCAAGCGAAAGAGAGCCGCUCGGAUGUUGACAGAUCGAUGAGGCGCCACAAAUGCAUUCGCUCAUAUGAUGUCUGUGUUAUGUCUGUCUGUGAGUGGGCAGAUCAUGUCGGCUGCGGCUGCUGAUGGGGCUGGUGGCUCUGCAGCUGACGAGCCCUCCUCGUCGGCUGCGUCUGCCGCCAAUGGUGACCAACACGUUCGCUGCAGAAAGGCACAACCAUGCAGACACAUGCAAUGACACUGUGUGUGUGAUGGUAUGUGUGUUUGUGUGUGUGGGGUGGUCAUAGGUGGCGAUCAGCCAGAGAGCGGGCCCUUCUCGGCCGUCCCAGCUACACUCAUGCCGGCCAUCGCCCAGUGCCUCACCAGCUAUGCCGACUUGUGUGCCUUCCGCCGCGUCGACAAAACCCGCCGUGAUGCCAUCACCGCCGCCGUCCUGAUACCCAUCCUGCAACGACUGCUGGAAGUGCUGCUGGCAUCUCUCGGCCUCGGUGGCUUCCUGGUGUGCAUGGUCCCCCAGCUGCCCCUCCCUGAGGCACUCAGCCACGGCUGCUGCACCGCAUAUCUCAUCGAACAGCUCACACGUCGGCUGUUCAUGCUCGAGAGGGGCGGCGAUUGGGCCAGAUGGCGGCCAGUGCUGGCGAUGCUGUAUUUCCUGAGAGGCGAGAGGCCUGUGGUGCUGAGUGACGACAACUUCGGCGUGAUCAACAGCCGGGCGGCCUUUGUGAGUGAGACAGAGGCCGUCCGGCAGUGGAAGAUACUCAGCCGGGGGGUCACUGUGGACCUCAACGGCCAACAGGAAAAGCUGAUGAAGGGCGACAGCAUUCUUCGCCCUUACGAUGGCCGUUACGCCCCCGCCCUCCUCACGUCUGCCAGCCCCGUCUUCCCUCAUCCAUUCGACCCCGCCGAUCCGCCCACACAGCUGACAGGCUGCGUAUACCCCAACUACACAUCAAUGGUGGCCUUCAAGCUGUUCGAGUGGCUUCGCCACGGCGGCCACCUCCCUUGCAUCAGACACUGGUUGUCUUACUGUCGUGCUUCUGCUGCAUCUCGGCGUGUGUGUGAGCUGCUGGCGGUCCCUCCUAGCGAUGUGGCACAGAGGGGGGCGGGGGCGGGGGUGUUCGACGAGAAGUGGCCGUGGUCUGGCAGGGAUGGGCAUCAUCGCCUGGUGGUGCUGGGGAGUGGGGCGAUGGGGGACGGGCACAUGGCGGUCAUUCAGCUGGAAUUCCUCCAGCAGAGUCCAGGCUGUGUCAUCAUCUACACCACCGAGUCGGCCCCACACGAUCAGGCGCGCACUGUUGUGAUGAGAGUGCUGAGGGAUCACCUAGGUCGCAAGGUGUGGCGCGGGGAGAUUGAGUGGAGGCAAGCGUCGGCCAACACGAGGAGAUGCACUGUAAUGUGAUGUGAUCGGGGCUUUACCGAAACUGUGUCGAGUUUCCGACGACAGAGGGCUGCACGUGUGCUGGUGUGCGGGAGGGCCGAAAGGGAGGCGACAGACAGGCAAAGGUUCUUUUCUCUCAUGGUGCAUGCUGAGGAUGUCUGGUGAGUGAUGCAUGGCGGACACACACAACUGUCUGUGUCAAUCGUGUUGGAUGGCAA